UCUGAUACGGCCGGUGUAGUAUUACGAACGCGCAAAUUCCUUACAAAUCGUCUUUUAAAUCGUAAACAAAUGGUGAUAGAUGUUAUUCACCCUGGUCUUGCAAACUUAUCGAAAGACGAUAUUCGUGACAAACUUGCUAAAAUGUAUAAAGCCGAUAAGGAGUUUAUAUUCGUCUUUGGCUUUCGUACAGCUUUUGGAGGAGGAAAGAAAGAACCGUGCCAAAAAAUUCCGCGGUACGAAAAAGACUAA